AUGAAACAAGAAGUUUCUAUGGAAGAUCGUUUGAUGGGUCUUCGAUCAAUCUUUCAUGGACCGGUGCUUUUCCCGAACACUCUUAUGAAUUCAGGUGGAAUGAUUCCGCCUCAUAUUGCUGCAGCCGUUGCUUUGUCAAUGAACCAUCGAAUGGCACAAACAAGUACGCCGCCAUUCGAUCCGACCACAAUUUCCGUCUCCUCAUUUCCGACAUUGUCCCGGGAUUCACCUCCUCUUGCAUCGUCACCGACACUCAGCUGUGCUGUCUGUGGUGACGUAAGCAGUGGAAAGCACUAUGGUAUACUAGCGUGCAAUGGCUGUUCGGGAUUUUUCAAACGAUCCGUGAGACGGCGGCUCAUAUAUAGGUGUCAAGCAGGAACAGGAAGUUGCAUAGUGGACAAAGCUCAUAGGAACCAAUGCCAAGCGUGUCGCUUGAAAAAAUGUCUUAGCAAAGGAAUGAACAAAGACGGUGUGAUCGCCUUUUCAGCCGUACAAAAUGAACGACAACCGCGAAACACAGCCACGAUCAGACCAAGCGUCGACAUGGAUCCGCACAACUUCCUGCGGGAGUAUGCCGGAGCUGUUUCGGCUGUUCUCUCACAACCUGAAUUGCCACCUCGAGAAGAAUCUCCACUAAGUGCAACAAGUGAAGGAAGAACGGAAGAUGAAAAGAAGGAUGUCUUCCCAGACUCACCAGCUAAGAUACUGGAACUAUCCUUACUUUGGACACAAGCCGUUCCAUCAUUUCGAUCAUUGGGCGAUUCUGAGAAGGCUCAUCUCCUUACCGCAAACUGGCGAAUACUCUUCCUAUUGUCCCUUGCUGAAUGGGCACAAUCCACUUUUGUGGAAUCUAACGAUGUCGAGCCUGCUGUGAGAAAUGCCCUAAACUCUAUUAGGAUGCUUGAACUCAAUCGAACAGAGUUUUCCUGCCUUAAGGCAGUUGCGCUCUUCUUGAAUGGUAAGACUAGAUUUUUUUGGAUUGAAAAAAUAUCGAAAAUUAGCUUCAAACUCUGAGU